CAAUUCAGGAGCUCAUCUCACCCGCAACAAGCUGCCUUCAGAACCUUCUCACCAGAUUGAAGCUAAACUAGUCAAGAUGAUGAUCAAAGUAGCUCUUGUGCUCUGUGCUAUUGUGGCAACCAGUAUGGUGUGCGCAAAGAAUUUUGAAGAGGAAGAUGCAUUGGACACUUUGCUGAAUCUGAUGCUCUCAGAGGAGGUUGCAUCUCCUGAUGCUGUAGCCUUGCAAGGCUGGUUCAAGCACGCGUUUCAUCACGUCACUCAUGCAGUUAGCCACGCGGCUCAUGACGUCAGUCAUGCAGUUAAGGCAGGCAUCCACGCUGGACAGCGAGUGUGCUCGGGGCUUGGUCUUUCUCCAGAAGAAGCUCGCGUUAAAAUUCUGACUGCGAUCCCAGAGAUGAAAGAAGAGGAUCUCACCGAAGAGGGUGUUCGAGCAAUCUGCGCUGGUGCACAUGCCCUUGGCCGUUAGACUCGGAAGGGAUCGUGAUACAACAUUUGGAACGCUUGAUGUCGAUUCUUCCUCGAGAAACAAUGAAAUAAAAGCAAGAAAUUUUUAACUCCAUCAUGUUUUUGCAAAUUCCUUAUAAUUAGAAUCUUCUUUAUCACUCCUGAAUUGUUAAAAUCCUUAAACCUUGUUUUCCCUAUGAGUGUUUUUCAUUAUUAAUACAUAUUUUGCCUUUACUUCCAUGUAUCCAUUCAUUAUACAUAUUUCCAAGGUGUUUACAAAUAUUAUGUAGGCUUAAAAGUACACCAACCUUAAAAUCUAGCAUAAUACUACAUCUUUUCAUCAAAAGCUUCAAUUAAAAAUGUUCUCUCUGUUUUGCUCUUUUUUUUCCUAAAGAAAAGUACCAAAAACAAAACAUUGUAAGCAUGGUAUACGGGGAAUAACUAUUAGUAUUGGUAAUAAUGCUGAUAAUAAAAUCACAUGAACUUGCAAACCAUA